ACACUCAUAUUAGUAUUAAAUUAAAAAAAUGGAAGAAAAAAAAUUACACAUAGAGAAAAUAAGGAAGGAAAAGUUUUGGAUAGGAGUUGGUCAAAAUCCAUUGAGUAGAUCCUUGAGGAUGGCUGUUAAAUUACUCUCCACUGAACUUUACUCCAAGGAUGUUCAUUUUCUUAUGGAGCUCAUUCAGAAUGCUGAAGAUAAUGAGUAUCCAGAUGGUGUUGAACCUUCCUUAGAGUUCCUUAUUACAUCUCAAGAUAUAACAGCCACUGGGGCUACUGCUACAUUAUUGGUAUUCAACAAUGAGAAGGGAUUUUCUCAGAUAAAUAUGGAGUCUAUUUGUGAUGUUUGUGAUUCAACAAAGGCUGGCAAUCGUAAACGUGGCUAUAUUGGAGAAAAAGGAAUUGGGUUCAAAAGUGUGUUUCUAUUAACAACACAUCCCUAUAUUUUCAGUAAUGGGUAUCAAAUCCGAUUCAGUGAAACCCCAUGUCCUGAAUGUGAUAUAGCCUACAUUGUUCCAGAAUGGGUGCACAAAAACCCAUCUGUAUCAGACAUUCAUAAGUUAUAUGGGCUUAAAAAACGUCUUCCAAAUACAACUCUAAUCUUGCCCCUUAAGCCUGAAAAAGUUACACCAGUAAAGGAGCAACUGUCAAGUCUGCAUCCGGAACUGCUCCUGUUUCUGUCGAAAAUCAAGCGACUGUCAGUCAAGGAACUAAACGACGAUCCAUCACAGAACACAAUCCGGACUAUUUCUAUCUCUGCUGAACGAGAUUUUGUGUCGAAAAAGAAUAUCGAUGCUGAAUCGUAUCAUGUUUGUUUAGCUGCUGAAGACGAGUGCCGCUACUAUAUGUGGAGGCAGAGAUUUCCUGUGGUGAAGGAAAAUAUGGUCGAAAAACGAAUGGAUCUCGAAGAAUGGUCUAUAACUUUAGCCUUUCCUUAUGGCGAGUGUUUGAAUAGGGGAACGAGUUCUCCUGGUCUUUAUGCUUUUCUUCCUACUGAGACGGUAACUGGCUUUCCGUUCAUUAUUCAGGCGGAUUUUCUUCUCCCAUCAUCACGCGAGACUAUUUUGUGGGAUAAUGUAUGGAACCAAGGGAUUCUUGAUUGUGUUCCUAGUGCAUUUAUCAAUGCAUUUGUGUAUGUUCUUAAAACACAAGAAAACGCACCUAUAUCGACUCUUGCAUCCAUGUUCAGUUUCUUGCCUAUUGCUAAAUCAUCACAUUGGAAGUUGAAUGUAAUCCGGGAGUCUAUAAGGGAAAAAUUGUUGCAAGAAAAUAUAAUCCCAUCUGAAAAUUUUUCGAGUCAAAGGAUUUUCCAUAAGCCUCAAGAAAUUGGGCGUGUGAGGCGUGCUUUUUGGGAGAUAUUGCUUAAGGCAAAGAAGGAAGGAAUGAAAUUGCAUAAUCUUUCGUCGAAUGGACAACACAUUCUGCACUCUUCGUUUGAUGUAUCUGAAUACGACAAUGUACUUGAGUUUCUCGGUGUAAAACCUGUCGCUGAUGAGUGGUAUUCGAAGUGUAUUCAGAGUUGUAAUCUUGUUUUGGGUGUUGGGGAAGAUAGUUAUGUUGAGAUUCUACGUUUUGUCGCAGAAAAUUGGACAUCUCUCUUUGAAAAAACCGGUAUGAGAAGUGUGCCCCUUUUGAAGUAUGUAAGUUCAUCAGGAGAUGUGUCGCUUUUAAGUGUAAAGAAUUCAUUUUCCUUGUGUCGGUCCAAGGACCCACGAUGUAAAUCAUCCCGAUGGAUGAUUGAAUGGAGCAAACAAUCGGGUUUAGCUGGAAACGUAGUUUUCUUAGCCGAUGAGGUUCAGAAGAAAUGUUAUAGGAUGGAUGGCGUACUGGCAUGGUUUAGAGAUUACGCCAAUGUUAAGGCCCUCAAUGUAUAUGAUUAUGCAUUGAUACUUCGAGAUUCAGUGAAGUAUAACUGCAAAAGAGUAAUUGAAUUUGCUCAUUUUGUUCUUCACUCGUUUAAUAACAGUUUCUUGAUUUUGCCCGAGGUAGCCAAUUUGUGUGCUGAAAUGCCGUUAGUUGACAGUUGUGGCGGUGUAUCUACGAAAAGAAAUGGAGUCCUGGUUCCUGCCAAUGGGAGUAAAUGGGUGGAGUUAUUGGGUAGCGCCAAUCCUUGGAAACACAAGGAUUAUGUGGUAUUAUCCGAUGAAUAUUUGCAUUCGGGAUGUUAUGCUGGUUGUUAUACGAAACAAAACGAACUGGUUGAUUUCCUUAAGGUGCAUGCUGGUGCUUCCGAUAUUCCUGACAUACAACCUCCAAAUGCUUCUUUCCCUACUGUGUAUGCGCCCUUGACGAGGGAAAAUGUUAUCUUGCUUCUAAGUUGGGUUAAAAGGCUAAGAUCUAAGGGAAUUGUAAUGCCCCACGAGUUCAAAAGUUGUAUAGCUAAAGGAAGCUGGUUAAGAGUGACAUUGAGCGGCUGUUCUGGUUAUAGGCCGCCAAGUCAAUCUUUUUAUCCAAGUUCAUCCUGGGGAAGUUUGCUGCAAAUUGGGUCUCAGAUGGUUGAUAUUCCGUUAAUUGAUCAGGGAUUCUAUGGCAGUGUGUUAAGUGAUUAUACCGAAGACCUAAAAGUGAUUGGGGUGAUGCUUGAAUAUAGUGAAGCGUGCAAAUUCAUAGGGAAACAUCUCAUGGAUUUAGCUGCGCAGUUUAGUUUGACGAAAACCAAGGUUAUUGGAAUGCUCGGUUUUAUUCGAUACUUGAGAGGAGAAUGUCUUUCAGUAGAUGAGAUUGUGAAUACCGUCAAAAAGGUGAAAUGGGUGAAGACAUCGUGUGGUGAUCGAUUUCCUGGUGAAACUAUUGUCUUUGAUGAAACUUGGAAAUCUCCUUCAACUAUCAGUAAUAUUCCUUUCUUGGAUCUAGUUUACUAUGGAGAUGAUAUUCUCGAAUACAAAACUGAGCUUGUUCUGCUUGGUAUAAUCACGGGUUUUCAGCAAAAUUAUCAGAUUGUGCUCGACAAUCUGAAACCUUCACCAAGCUUUUACAAUCUAAACCCGGAAACUUUCAUUUUUGCCCUCGAGUGCAUUCGUAGCUCCUGUUCUUCAGACAAUCUUGUUCGUGCAAUGAAUGGCGCUAGAUGCUUACAAACAAAAGUCGGGUUCAUGUCUCCUAAUGGUUGUUACUUGCUUGAUCCUGAUUGGGGGUGCAUAUUGCAGAUUUUCGAUGGUUUCCCCUACAUCGAUAGCAUUGUUUAUGGAAGCAAAAUAUUCGAGUACACCAAAGAGUUGAAAAAAAUUGGUGUGGUCGUGGAUUUAUCCGUUGCAGCCGAGGCAGUGUCAAAUACGUUUAAGCAACUAGCGUCCACACAUUCCAUAAGCCACGGAAUUGCUCUUUCAAUAAUUUCUUGCUAUAAAAAGUUUUCUUCUUCGAGUUUUCCUACGAGUCUAAAAGAUUGCAUUCGGGAUGCCAAGUGGUUAAAAACCCGUCUUGACAACUUCCUGUCGCCUAAGGAAUGUAUUUUGUACAAUCCCGAAUGGGAUGCCAUUGAGAAGAUCACACAGCUUCCGUUUAUUGAUGACAGUGCGAAUUGCUACGGGAAAAGCAUACACGAGUACAAAGACGAGCUCAAGAGAAUGGGUGUGGUGACUGAUCUCGAGAAUGGCUCCAAAUUCGUUCUCUCGAAUAUCUCUUUCCCCCAAUGUAGUAGUCACAUAACUGCUGAAAGUGUUGUUUCGUUGCUUCAAAGUGUUAGAACGUUCAACAAACAAAGCUCAGGCUCGCUUCCUAAUGCUUUUUUGGAAAAUAUUAGUCGAAAAAAGUGGGUGAAGACUACUGCUGGCUAUAUGUCUCCGAAGGAGAGCUUGCUCUUUGAUCCCAAGGUAAAAUCUCGGUUACAACCAUGUGAUGCGCCUUUCAUCGAUGAAACAUUUUACGGGCCAGGCAUAUUUUCCUACAAAAGUGAGCUUGGUGCAGUAGGAGUUGUAGUCGAUAUGUGUUGUCCUGAUGCCAAAUCGCUUCUAUCAACUUACAUCAAGUGCCUUUCCGAAUUUGCUAAGAUUGAGCGUUUAUACAACUUCCUGAGCCAAACCGACUGGCGACCUGAUGAUGGGUCCUACUGUCAGAUUUGGGUACCAACAGGUGCUGCUUAUGGUUCGUGGGCACGCCCAGACGAAUGUGUACUGCACGACGAUGAGAACAUUUUCAGCUCAAUGUUGCAUGUUUUGGAUCAGAGUUACAAGCCAGAUUUGCUUGUUUUCUUCUCGAAAGCGUUUGGGGUUCCAAACAGGCCAUCAACCGAUGUAUACUGUAAGGUUUGGAAGGAGUGGGAAGAUUCAGGACGCGAGAUAUCAGACAGCGAGUGUUGUGCUUUUUGGAAGCAUGUUGUUAGUUCCCGGUGCACUGAGAAAGUUGUGGUAGAACGAGUCACGAAAAUUCCUGCAAUUUCUGAUGGCUCGAACGAUCUGAUAUUGGUUGAAAAACAGAACAUUUUCAUCCCUGAUGAUCUUUUACUAAGGGAUCUUUUCGAAAAAUCGUUCUUCGUUUGGUAUCCCAUGAAGAACAUUCCCUCAAUUCCUCGAACCAAACUUCUCGAUGUAUAUUCCAAGAUCGGAGUAAGAACAAUUUCUGAUUCCGUCACUAUUUCUGAUUCUAAAUUGGAUUAUCGAGAAAUGAAGAAAGGAAUUUUAAAGGAUGCAUUUAUAGUAAAAGGGCUAAUAACACUCAUUUUGGGAUUUCUCGCUGAUCAGUCGAUGAAUAUUGACACAAAACAAAGAUAUGAUUCGCUAAAAACACUUAUGAAUGUGAGUGUAUUCGAGACACCAGAUCCUGUAUCGAUGUCCUACAGCUUAACGAUGAGUUCUGGUGAGAUGAUCACAACAAAAACGAGCCAGAUUGUUCGAUGGGAAAGAGAAAAAUCGGAGUUUUUUUAUCAGAAACUCGACAGGACUAAAGGGUGGAAGAAUGUGGUGGAAUACGCAACAAAAUUCUCAGAAGUUGUAUCCCAAGGACUGCUUUGGCUGGAAGAGGAUCAAAUUUAUACCCUUUCUGAGCUUAUAAAACUCGGGUUUUUGGUCGAAUUUGAUGAGAAUGCUGUUACUUAUCUCAUGAAGUCGAAGAACUUACAGCUCUUUUUGGAAGAUGAGGAGUUUUUAUCCUCUGCCUUUCCUUCUUCUGAGCCUUAAUGCAACUGGAUGAUGGGGAGAUUGGCAUGAAGGGAAGGAAGUUUACAUAACUAUAUUCUACUUGCAACAUAGUAAUGGUAAGAUCUUUCUGCAUAUAUAUACUGUUUUUAUAGAGUGUAUUACUCUUUCCGUCCUGUGAAAUUUAUCUCACUUUUCUUUUUAGUCUGUACAACCAAAUAUGCUCUAUUUCUAUCUUUGGCAAUUGGCCAUGACCCACUUUUUUUUGGCCAUAAUUAAAGGUGUUCAAUGGGUCGAAUCCGGAUCGAGCCUAAGUAAAUAUGGGUCAGGUUGGAUAAGGGCCCUUUAAAUUUAGUUUGGGCUUUACAUGAAACGGGCUUGAAAACCCAACCCAACCCAACCUAAUCCAUUUUUAUAAAAAAAUAAAUAAUUGAUUAUCAAAAUGAGAAAACUUCUGCUAAAUAGGAUGACAUGUGCUAUAAAACAUAUUUCCAUGAGGGGAAGAAAACUUGCUGGAGGUUGUUGUACGCUGGUACAAUCAUCAUUUCCCGCCUUUUCUUGCAAUUUACCAAGGCCUGCUUUCGGUUUUAAUAAAUAGCCCGCUUCAUUUUAAUAAUAAUAGAGCCUGUUUUUGACCCGGUUCAUUUUCAACUCGGCCCUUAGAAAACCCUUUGCAAACGGGUUUAAAAUGGGGUUGCGGCCAUUGAACACCCCUAGCCAUGUCCCAUCAAAUACCAAGAUAGAGCAAGUUUCAAUGAGGUACAUGUUUCCCUUUUUCUGGUUUGUGUAAAGGAUUGCUGAUUCUGCUGCAACAAAUCAGAUACUACUUGUUAUAGUAAUGUAAUCGGCUAAUAUCUGUUUUGAAUUCGCAAUUUGCUCACAAAGCCGAUAUGAUGAUUUGUAUUUUACAAUUUACAUUUUGCUAAUUCACAAGGAGAUUAGCGUGAACCUGCCACCUCUAUUCCAAAGUUAUAUUCUAUAAAUUUAUUAACGAGUCUAUUGUUUUAAACAAAUACGAACAUAUCUUUGGGACGGAACAGAGGGAGCAUUUAAUUUUUUUUUAUAAUAUUUUAAUUUU